AUGGCAGUCAUGGAAACCGAAGCAGAGCUACUCGGCACUUCGGAAUCGGUAGCGACCGUGGCGGCAGGUGAUAGCGUAGAUAGAAGCGAGUUGGACGAUCAGUUGGACGAUCAGUUGGUCGACCAGUUGGACGAUCAGUUGGUCGAUCAGUUGGACGAUCAGUUUGACGAUCAGUUGGUCGAUCAGUUGGUCGAUCAGUUGGUCGAUCAGUUGGUCGAUCAGUUGGACGAUCAGUUGGUCGAUCAGUUGGUCGAUCAGUUGGACGAUCAGUUGGACGAUAAGUUGGUCGAUCAGUUGGUCGAUCAGUUGGACGAUAAGUUGGUCGAUCAGUUGGUCGAUCAGUUGGACGAUCAGUUGGACGAUAAGUUGGUCGAUCAGUUGGUCGAUCAGUUGGACGAUCAGUGGGUCGACCAGUUGGACGAUAAGUUGGUCGAUCAGUUGGUCGAUCAGUUGGACGAUCAGUGGGUCGACCAGUUGGACGAUCAGUUGGUCGACCAGUUGGUCGAUCAGUUGGUCGAUCAGUUGGACGAUCAGUUGGUCGAUCAGUUGGUCGAUCAGUUUGACGAUCAGUUGGUCGAUCAGUUGGUCGACCAGUUGGACGAUCAGUUGGUCGAUCAGUUGGUCGAUCAGUUGGACGAUCAGUUGGUCGAUCAGUUGGUCGAUCAGUUGGUCGAUCAGUUGGACGAUCAGUUGGUCGAUCAAUUGGUCGAUCAGUUGGUCGAUCAGUUGGACGAUCAGUUUGUAGUUUGA